AUGGGUUUCGUUGGUGAUCUCCUCUACUCUCAAUUGUUUGUUACGCCGCCCAUUCCUACUCAAAAUCUCACAAAUCAGGUGGUGAUCAUCACUGGUGCAAAUCGCGGUCUUGGCCUUGAAGCAGCGAAACAUUGUGUACGCUUAGGGGCGGAGAAAGUCAUUCUCGCUGUCAGAGACACAGCCAAGGGAGAAAUCGCCAAAUCUUGCAUCGAUGCCACCUUUCCCGAAAGGAAACACGUUACAGAUGUUUGGGCUGUGGAUAUGUGCUCUCCUCGAUCAAUACAGGCAUUCGCUGAUCGGCUCCAAACCCUUGAAAGACUUGAUGCAAUCAUCCUUAACGCUGGAAUGACAGUUACAGCAUGGGUUGAAGUCGAGGAUAUGGAGAUCACUCUGAUGACUAAUGUCAUUGGGCCGUGUCUUUUGAUGCUCCUCACUCUGCCAAAGUUACGUGAGACCGCUGUACACCAAGCAGUAACACCGCGAAUCAGCAUUGUGGUGAGUGAAUCGCAUUUUGUGGCUCGAUUUGUAGAGCAAGAAUCAAAUCGUAUUAUGGACGCACUCAAUACGAAGUCCUUGGCAGACAUGGACGACAGGUAUGCCACCACAAAGUUAAUUCAGGUAUUCUUCGCCCGCGAACUAGCUCACAGAAUUGACGGCUCAGAGAAGCCGAAUGUCAUAGUCAAUUAUGUCACUCCAGGUGCUUGCCGUACUGACAUUCAUCGUGAUCUUGGAUGGUCAAAAAAAGCAAGCAUGGGAAUAUUGAAAUUGGUGAUUGGAAGAACAGCGGAAGUCGGUAGCAGAACUCUCUUAGGCGGUAUUCUUGCCGGGGAAGAGAGCCAUGGACAAUAUAUGGCAGAUUGUAAAGUAGCAAGACCAUCUUCACUUGUGGAAAGUAGGGCAGGAACUCAGUUGCAAUGCAGACUUUGGCAUGAAAUUAUGGAAAAGCUCGCUGCCAUUUGCCCAGAGAUCCAGAAAUUGCUGUAA